AUUUUAAAUGAGUUCAAGCACAAGAACUAGGUAUUUAUAUAUUAUUUAUGUAAAUAUAGAGCCAAUAGCUAACAGAGCUAGAUAUCCAAAAAAAGCAUUCGGAAAUACAGUUCUGAUUACUAUGACUCAGAUGUAUCGGACUCCGAACCAAUGAUUAAGAAGAGAAUUGUAAAAAUAUGGACACCUGAAGAAGAUGAGAUGCUGUAAGACUUUUAUGAAAAAUUUAAUGGAAAUUGGACACAAGUAGCCUAAGCAAUACCUGGAAGAAAUUAAUCACAGUGUUCAUAAAGAUGGAAAAGAAUAAAUCCAAAUAGAGUAUAAUAGGAAUUAUUAUAAGCUUAAAAUGAGAAAGCAAUGGACAGAAGAGGAAGAUAGACAGGUGCUACGUUUGAUUUAAAAGUUUGGAAAAAAUUGGAAGAGAAUUGAAAACGAGAUGACUGGGAGAAGUGGGAAAUAGAUAAGAGAAAGAUUUAUCAAUAAGUUAGAUAAAACCAUUAAUCAUGAUCCAUAUGAUGAGAGGGAAGAUGAAGAAAUCUAUAAGUUGUAUAUAAGUUUGGGUCCAAGAUGGAGUGAAAUAUCUAAGAACUUAGUUGGAAGACCUGUAAUCUUUUCAUCAAAUAAUAAAGGAAAACUCGGUUAAGAAUCGAUUUUACUCUCAUAUAAAGAAGCACUAUAAUAUUUAAACUAAGGAAUCCGAUUCGGAUGGUAAGGAGAUUACUCCUCAAUAGCAAUAUACAAAGUGUGAUUUCAGAGGAAAAGAUUAUUUAAUAGAAUAAAUAUAAAAUGAAGAUAAAAAACUAGAUACAAUACAGAGUCAGUUUGAGCAAGAAAACUCAAUAAACAACUUAUAAUAACAUAACCAUUAUAUGUAAACCUCAUUUAAUGGACUUGGCAAAGCAGGUAUGUGAUAAUAAAAUAAAUUGCAUAGAUUCUCUAAAUUCUAAUGGAGACUUCUUGUAAUUUGGGCAUUAAAUGAGUUUAGAACAAAAACAUCUCUAUGGGACAGAUAUCAAUCAAUAAGGAUCCAAUAUAUUUCAAGAUGUAUAACUUCCUUAUCAUGAUUUACUUGAUGAUCAAUUAGAGCAAUAAUCAUUAUCAAAGAAAGCAUCUUUAUUUUUGAGAACAGACAGCGAUAUUGGUAAUUUAGACCUAUAAUUACAAUAUUAAUUAAGUAAAAUGAGUAUGGAAUAAGAAUGA